AUGCUCUGCUACGAGACGAGGGCGCCGACGCUCCCCUUCGACGUCCUCGAAGCCGUCGUCGCUCACUACCGCGACGACAAACGCACCCUCGGCGCCCUCGCCCUCGUCUCGUCAGACAUCCUCGUGCCCUCCCGCAAGCACCUCUUCGCCGACGUCGAACUCAAGAGCGCGAAGCAGUGCGACCGCCUCCUGGAAGUCUUCGCAGCGUCCCCCAACGUCGCAGGCUACAUACGUGCGCUCCGCAUCGCCGCGGACACGCAUGGCGGCGACGCGCUGAUCGAGUCCCCCACGCUCCCCCUCGUCCUGCGCGCGAUGACCCCGAAUCUGCGCGUGUUCUCGCUGAGCGGGCGCGGGGUAGUCUCGUGCGAGAGCAUACCUCCCGCGCUCGCUGCCGCCCUCGUCAAGCUGCUGGCCAUCGGUAACAUGACCGAGGUGUCCCUCGGCUUCCUCGCGCGCAUACCUAUCCGCCUCAUACCGCUGGGCCCCGCGGUGAACAAGCUGCGUAUCAUCGACGUCGACCCUCAAGGGUACCCGCGACCGCCGACGCCGGGCCAGACUGUGCUCCCUGGCGCGCCCCAGCUGCGACAUCUCGAGCUGCAUACACGCGACGAUGCGGCCUUCAUCGCACUGCUGCGUUACCUCUUAGAAGCUGCCGAUCUUACGACCCUCCGACGAAUGGACGUGAUCUGCCCUCGGUGGACGGACGAGGCGCAGGACACCCUUCACAGCGUAUUCACCACCGCGGCGCCCUCACUCGCCCAACUCUCCCUCAUGCCGCCCUUCGAAGUCUACAUCCUCCCCUUCUCCGCCGAAGCGCGCGCCAUCUCCCUCCGCUCCCUCCGCGCCCUCUGGGGCCUGAAGGUCGGCCUCAUCGACAUGCCCCUCCUCCCCCACCACGGCGUCGACUGGCUCCGGCACGUCCUCGACACGCUGCCCUCGGACAACGCGCUCACCACCAUCGCCGUGCACGUCCACUGGCGGCCCUACGACCCCGCGCGCGCGCCGGAGUAUUUUGCGUUGUUGGACGCGGCCAUUGCCGCGCCGCAUCUGCAGAGGCUGCGCGAAGUGAUCAUUGUGGGGGAUGAUAGGACGUUGGGAGGGGAGGCGGUGCCAAUUGAGAAGAAGGUGGAGUAUGGGUGGCCGCGGUUGAGGGAGAGGGGGAUCACGCCGAGUGUGGGCUUUUUGGAUCACGGGCGGAAGCUGGGUCAAUCUGAGUAG